AAAAAAUCUGGCAACAUCGCUCUCGUGUUCGUAAUGUUUUGAACCGCUACUGUGGUGUGUAUUGGCAUUUGGUAGCUCUUGUUUUAUUGUUAUAUCCUAAGUACUUGUCAGCACUGUAACUAUGAGUCGAAGACGAAAUUACGACGAUGAUGAUGAAGAUGGUCAUGCACGAAAACGAAGGCGCCUGAGUGCUGAACCAAAAGAAAUUGAAGAUAGACUUGAGUCUCUGAUUAUGCGUGUAGGAGAUAAGAGUACAUCAUCCUUAGAGAGUAAUUUAGAAGGGUUAGCUGGAGUGUUAGAAGCAGAUCUGCCAACUUACAAAACAAAAAUAAUGAGAAUUCUUGGAGAAUGUGUGACAAGGUUACCAGAAAAGACAUCAAUUUAUACUACAUUAGUUGGCCUUCUGAAUGUGAGAAAUUAUAAUUUUGGGGGUGAGUUUGUGGAACUGCUUGUAAAAAGCCUUCGAGAAUCUUUGAAAUCAAGAUAUUUUGAAGAUGCUCGUGUAACUGUAAGAUUUCUUGCAGAUCUAGUAAAUUGUCAUGUAAUAUCAGCCGGUUCAAUGGUUAAUUUUCUUCAGACAUUAGCCGAUGUCAGUGGAGAGACGGGAAUCCCCCAGGUAUGGCAGACUGUGAACUUUUUUUCAACUUCUUUUGUAAAGCUCACAGAGGAAAUGGAAAAAGAUGUACAUAUUGAUGAUGUAGGGAAAGCUAUUAUUAAUGUUAUUUUUGAGAAAUUUUUCAUAGCAACCCCACUUUGUCAAACCUUAUUGCCUUCAAAAAAG